AUGGCUGCUUUCUUAUUGAAUAACGCUAGAGAUCUGAAUAGACUACCUUUUGACUUUGUUCCAAAAAUCCGUGAAUUUUUAACUGAUAUUGAGUUUGAAUUCAUGCAAAAUCUAUUGAAUUUCUUGGUAUCUAUUACAACAACAUAUGAUGGAUGUAGAUUAUUGAAAAAGCACGGUUUAGUUGACUUAAUUCUUGAGAUAUCAGAAGAACUACCAUUUGUUUCGAGAAAAGCAUCAUUAAAAAUACUAUUAGAUAUGCUUGAUGAAACUGAUUACGAGCCAACUCUUGUUAAUUUCCUAAUUGAGAAAGAAAACCUCGAAAUUUUCGAUCCUUUCUUUGAAACAAACGAUGAAGAGAUACUAUCAAUACUUCUUAGACCAUUGUCUAAGAUUGUCAUCCAAGCUAGAGUUGAUGGACCUGAUAUUCCUCCUUUGUUCGAAGUUUUUGCAAACUCUUCUGAAAUUCUUGAUCAGAUUAGAGAAACUGCUGAUUUAGACCCAUUCGAGCACAGAAUGGAUAUAAUCGAGAUGUCUCAAUACAUUAUUUCAGAAAUGGAAGGGAAUUUCCAAAAAUUGAACUCUCAGUAG